AUGAUCUCAUCUAAAAGUAAAAAGCUUUUAGGUUUAGCUAAAAAAACUUCAACAAAUAUUCAAAAUUCCACUGCAACAGAAGAAAAUUUUAAUAAUAUUUAUUUUGAUGACUUAAAUAGCGUGGAUAUAAAUGCCAUUGACACCUUUGUUUUCUUAGAUGAUCAUGAUAUUGUUUUAGCUAAUAAUAAGGACCCUGUGGUAGAUGACAAUCAAAUUUAUACAAUAAAUAAUGAUAAUAAUGUAUCAGACAAUAUUUCAUUUGAUGAAUAUGUGUCACCUAAAGCAGUAGAAUGUAGUUCAUCAGAUAAAAUUGUUGGCCAAAGCCAAGCUGAUGAUUCAGAUUAUAAUAAUAUUAUAGUGGACCCUUUAUUUAAUGUUGAAGAAAUAGAUGAUUAUGGAGUGAAGAAAAGAAAAAUAGCUGCCAGAGUAAAUAAGAAAACUUGUAAAUUAUAUGGUGAGUCUUAUAAGAAACUUAAAAAAGAUGGGAGCAUUGUAACAGUUGAUGAGAAAAUUAUAAAAGAAAACCCUUGUUCAGGAAAAAAAUGUACUAAUGAAUGUAAUACAAUAACAGAAGAGGAAAGAUUAAUAAUAUUUAAUAGAUAUUGGAAAGAGUUUGAUCAUACUAGGAAACGAGACUACUUACUAGGCUGUAUGAAGAGAUAUAAUGCAAAGAGACAGUAUACUACUCAUGAAAAUAAUCGUUUUAAUAUGUACAAAUAUUGUUUUUCUUUUAAUGAUACUACUAAAGUUGUUUGCAGAAAGUUUUUAUUAAACACAUUGAAUAUAACUGAAAAGUUAUUAAGAUUUACAAGGGACAAUAAAGUUGGUAUAAGUUUAUCGAAGACUGAUGACAGAGGUUAA